GCCGGGUAAGUGUUUGCGUUGCUCCCUGUGAGACUGACAGACGUUACGGUUUCACCGGUAAUGAUACAGCAAACACGGUAAGACACACCGGAGACGGACUUGCCGAGCAAUUUUUAUCACUACUAAGACGGACAUUAUUCAGCCGACAUCGCUUGUCAGCGGUCGAGACCGUUUGUGUGUCGGUUGGUGUAUCGGUGAGCAAGGAAGACUCCCGGAGAGGAAUAAUAAUGGAUGCGACGGCUGAUUUCCUGCGACACACUCCUGCCAGCUAAAAGAGAAAGACUUCCUAACACUCAGUUUGGAUUUAUUUUCAGAUUAAUUAACAUUUGGGUGCUUCAUAGUCCGAAACAUGUCAGCUGGUGUAUAUAAUUAUGAGUAAACGGGACGUAUGUGUCCUAACAAGCAUGGCUAACCGCAGCUGUGCAGCAUUGGCUAGCUGAGUCUCAGUCAAUUUUUUUUUAUCUGCUGCUUUUAUCACGUUGUUAACGUCUGACAUGUUGGACCGAAACAAGCAUUAGGACGAGUAUUUUUCUAAAAGGACACAAAUCACGUGACUUGUCGGCCUUAAGGUAAACAUGCACCACCAGGACGUCUCCGGAGACCCUCCAGGCACGGGAAGCCGCAAACCGGCUUUCCACUUCAGGAGAGGCAGCAGCGGCACCUCCUCCUCCUCCUCCGCAACCGGUGGCAGCGGAGGGAACCCGGCUGAGGAGAACCUAAACCAGGCUGGCUCUUCGUCACCUGCCCUGCAUCAUCAGGCUCAAAGCGUCGGAGCCCAGGUGAAGAAGAAGAGCGGCUUCCAGAUCACCAGCGUCACUUCCGCUCAGAUCAGCGGCAACAACAGUUUAGCGGAUGACACGGAGAGCUAUGACGACAUGGAUGAGUCACACACCGAGGACCUGUCGUCCUCGGACAUGCUGGACGUCUCCACCUCCAAGGCCACCGACACAAGUGUGCCGGAGAGGAGCUCCUCCGAUGAGACAUUGAACAGUCUCCAUGGGGUGGACACACCUGGAAUUGUGUCCCCAAAUGAGCCUCUACAGCCUCAUGGCGUCCUUCAGGCCUCCCAUCACCACCCUUCUUUAGUGAAUGGGUCCAUGCAUCACCAGUAUUACCCUCAAAACCAUAGCCAGCCUCAUCAUCACCACUCCGACAGCCUUGGUGGAGGUGAACCAGCAACUCUUCCAGUUGCAUCCGUUGCCACGUCAAGCCCAGCUAUGUCGACCAAAGCUGGCUCCAGUCAUAGGACAGCAGUGUUGGACAACCCCAAACCUGUAGUAGCAGCAGGUCCACAAGUAGCUCCUAGUGAUGGACACAGUAGUGCAAAGAUGGCCACUGUCCCUUCAGGGUGUGAUGGUGCAUCUGCUGGAGGAGGGAGCACCCAAACACAGCACACACACUCUCAGACCGCCACUGGCUCUCGCUUCAGGGUGGUUAAACUGGACACCAGCUCUGAGCCGUUCCGUAAAGGAAGAUGGACGUGCACGGAGUAUUAUGAAAAGGAGGUUCCUCAUCCGGCCCCCUCCGAGGCACCCAGAGCUCCAGAUGUAAUUGCAGAGGCUGAGGUGGGAAAUGCUGGUUUUAGUCCGGGUGUUCCUGCUGUGCAGCCACCUCACUCUCUGCAGCCGUACCAGCCUCCAAGCCAGGACCUCACCAGCCCACAGACCAUGCCAAGCCCCCCGCAGGCGCUCACUGCUCCUCUCAGCUAUGUCUCGCCCCAGGAGGUGGCUGGGAUGGCUCACAUACAGAAACCAGUGGCUGUAGGUCAGCCUCCUCCUGUUGUACCCCAGGGAGGUUACCCCGCUCCGAAGCUUCACACAGGAGGCAUCCUAGCUCCAGGAAGUGUGAGACAGCCAGACUUUAUCCAACCUACGGCUCCCUUUCAGACCCAAGUCCCACCCCCACUUCCUCUUGUUGCUACAGGAAUCUCAUCAGCAGUACCCGGGGUCCCAGCAUCUCAGUCCAUCAGCAUCACACAGCAGGUACCGUCUCAUCAGGGUCCGCUAAUCCCGCCUCCGACCCUCCCAGUUCAACCCCAGCUUCACACCCAGCAUCCCACAGCUCCGGUCCCAGUAGCCACCAUUCCUGGAAUUCCCUACAAGCCUCUCACUACCCUGCAAGCUGACCUCCAGCCUCUCCUCACAUUGGGAACUAACUUCACCCACGCUCCUGGAGGGGGGAGUUCCAUCAAAAGUUCCCAGCUGGAGGAUGCUCAGAAGCUUCUGAUCCAGCACCAAGGCCUGCUGGGACUUCCUCGUCUGGGGGCGUCUGCAGCAGUGGGUGGAGAGGGCGCUAUCGGCCACAUGGGGAUGUCAGCUGAGGCCAGCGCCUUCAUGGUCGCCGCGGGCCUCAGGAGUCAGCACGCUGAAGGAGAAGACAGCUCAUCGGGCGCGAGUGUUGUGGCCAUUGACAACAAGAUAGAACAAGCGAUGGAUCUUGUGAAAAGCCAUCUGAUGUACGCCGUGCGUGAGGAGGUGGAGGUUCUGAAGGAGCAGAUCAAAGAGCUGAUGGAGCGCAACACCCAGCUGGAGCAGGAGAACAACCUGCUGAAAACCUUAGCCAGCCCUGAGCAGAUGGCUCAGUUCCAGGCCCAGGUCCAGACCGGCUCUCCCACCAGCACUGCUCUGCCACCGCUCUCAUCCGGAACCACGCAAGUCCUCGCCUCCACACAGAACUCGAGCACAUCAGCGUAACGCAGUGUGGACACCGGAGAGAGUCCACCAGGAUGAGAGACAGGGGGGAUGGAAGGCAGAAGAUGAGGAGGAGGAAGGACACACCGUGAAUGGACAUCACUAAUACGGAUCGUGCCAUCAUUUUUAGGAGCUCACACUUCAAACCAACCGGAACCAACUUUUUAUUUUUGUUGCAGAGGCAGGCCGGAGUUCAUCUCGCGUCCCCGCUACAUCUUUUAACCACGUGCUUCAGACAAUCGUCAUCCUGGUUUAGGAAAAAAAAAAAAACGAGAACCCCUCGCUAUGUGACUCGUUAACCUCCUCUACCACUCCACCUGCACACAUCGCCACUCUUCUUGUUCCAGUUUUGUCCAUUUGCACGUUUUCCAGACUUUAAAUGGAAAACGGUUCAUAAAACCCGUCUGGAAACAAAAAGCUGGUGCAGCAUCAGGAGUCUGAAAGAGGGAGCUUCUUUGUUUGUGUUGAGGACUUGGUGUUCUUUCUGAGAUCCCCUUCUCCGUACACUAACACACACACACACACACACACACACACACACACACACACACACACUCCCCCCCUUUCUCUGAUGGAGCAUUAAAAAUUAAUGUAGAGAAUCAGUGUUUGUAUUUUAAUUUCAACAGGGUAGGAGAUGUCUUUGUUUCUAUUUUUGCUCUCGAUGAUGUAAAAUAAAAAGUGACAUGAGAAUAAAUAGGACAAGACUGUUUAUAGGUAGUGAUCUUUGUACAAAUUCAAAGUUUCCAGUUAAACUCUGCCAAGUGCCUGGUUUCUAACCAUAGAUACAUAUAUAAAUCUUUUUUAGGUUCUUAUCUCUGUAAAUGUGUAUAUCUAUGGUUUCACCAGGUUUUGAACUACCUGUGAUGUCAGAACUCAGGGUGGGAACAGAAGAGGAUGUUUUACCUCGACACUAAAGAUGCUGUCUCUCCUGCAGUGACACACGGCUUUGAACUGGGCGUGGACUCUACUCUGCUGUCUCUUCUACCAUUCAGGCUGCACCAUUUGGGAACAUGUGUAAUUGUUUUGUUUAUAAAUGUAAAUGGCAGUCAUGGUUUUUAUUUUUGUCAUUUUGUACAGCCAAGUGUGUAAGUUGCUCAUAGUGCGACUGGAGCGCUGAACACAAAUGCGACACAUGUCACGAGGAAAGGAAAAGGCCGAGCGGAAGUGUGUUGAUGUUUUUGUGCAUGCUCCUCCAGCCCAUCACAAAUGUGACGUAUCAAUUGCACUAGACAGUUGCACCUCAAAUAAAAAAACAUAAAAACAAAAA